UCGGAUACCAGACAGAGGGGCACUUGAGUCACACACGACUGCCUAGCGUCGCCUGAACAGAUCCAGAGAACAGGUGCUGUGUUCCUCAACAUGUCGGCACCAACUUUAUACGCUGUCGCCACCGUCUUACUUUCUCUGUGUUUCUUUUAUAAUCAUUCGCUUCUCGCCAAGUCUAUCAACGACACGGAGUUUCAAGACCUGCUAUGCAAUGGUACCAAUGAUUCUUUGUACUGUCCCAACAGCGUGCUGAGCGCCACACCAGCGGAAAGUGGACAAAAUGUCUCAAUUGUGUUAGAUGUCGUACAUGAAGAUGGACAAAAUGUAUCAAUCGAGCUAGGUGCCACGCACGAAGACGAACUAAACGUCUCAGCUCCGCCCUUUGCCGGAGGCCCCUUUAAUCUAGAGGAAGAAGGCGAUUACUAUGAUGACAAUGAGACAGAAACUCAAGAUUACUUCGAGGAAAACGUGGAUGGCUACAGUUCCAGAAAGCCGACAUUCUGUGGUGCCGCCUGCCGAGAGACCAGGAAAAAUGUCCGAAUAGCCGGCAUCCAGCAAACUAUUCUGAGCAUGCUAAAAAUGUCCAGUGCUCCCAAUAUUAGCAAAGAUUCGGUGCCUACAUUCCCAACGUUGAACCGCCUUAUAAAAGAGUACAAUAAACUCGAGGGCAUGUUAAGUGACCAGCCGUAUGAUACCUCGGUCAGGGAGGACAUAGACGAGGAUGAGGUCACUGAGACUAAGACCAUGUUCCAGGGUGCAGUCACAGAUGUAACCCAGAUACAGCUUGAUUUCAACAUAUCCCACUACGCCUACAUCCACCCUCCCAACAUUGAACCUGAGAUGGUCGCGAGCGCUGACUUGUGGGUGUAUCUUAAAAAACCACGGGUGGGGGAGAAGAAAUUUCAAAUCAACAUACAGGUCUUGUACAUUCUGGUGGAGGAGUCGUAUAAAUACCGAAAACUUGUCACGGAGAUCAUCCACAGCGAGGACGUAUGGUCAGACAAGGUCGGGGGGUGGCGCAAGUUUAAGUUCACUUCCGUUCUGAAGAAGGAGCUAAAAAACAGGAACACGUACGGCGGGCUGCAGCUCAGAGCUGACGAUGGCCACGGCAACAACUUGCUGGUUCACAAGGCGACAGAUACAAAACAGAAACCCUGGCUGGAAAUCAAGAUCCACAAGUCUAAAGGCAAGCGGAGACAGAAGAGGAGCGACACCCUAAUCUGUGGGGAACACACAUCUGAGACCCGCUGCUGUAGGUACCCGCUCUACGUGAGCUUCGCCGAGUUCGGCUGGGAGUGGAUUAUAGCGCCGACUCACGUCAAGGCGGACUACUGCUCCGGCGAGUGUCGUAUGACCAUGCAGGACAGCACGCCCAACAGCUGGAUCAACCAGCAGGUCGGGCGACAGACAGGGGGACCCUGCUGUGCCCCCACCAAGAUGUCGGCCCUGCCCCUCUUAUACUUCAACAACAAUAUGACCAUAGUAUACCAAAUUUUGCAGAAUAUGAAAGUUGAAAAAUGCGGAUGUGCCUAAAAUGGAAUGUGAUUGUACGAAAGUUGAAUAUUUGUUGAUGUGAAAAGAAGUUUGAUUGUGAGUGAUUCUUAGUAUAAGUUAGCGUGUGGGGAGUGUUUGCAGAAAAUAUCUAAUAGGCUACAUUACUGUGGCGAUAAAUUAUAUAAAUAAUUAUGACACAGGCCUUUCAUCGCGUUUGCCUAAGCGGUUUUUAUGCUAUGUUUGAAAAGAGACAAGGUGUGGUGAUGACUGAACUUUGUGAUUCAAACGUUUACAAAUAUUUGUGGACAAGCAUUAACUAUUUAAGAAAUUAACUUUGUAAAUGUACGCCGCUAAGACAGAGACGUGUGUGGGUGAAUGAAACUUAAAAACAAUGCACAUGCAUUUAUGUGAUAUUGCUCAAAACUGUACCAUCCAUUUUGACCAUAUUUUAAAGUAAUUUCCUUACCGGAUUUCCCCGCUUUAUAUAUGUUUGUUGACAUGCUUUAAGCGUGCCCAUAUUGACAUUACUUGCAACUAAUUAGCUUAAACAAUAUAAUUUUGUAUUUAAUUGUAUUUAAAUGCACUUUUCUUCUUGCUAAUUUAAUUGUGAUAUAUUUGUUUACUUCAAAAAAUCAACUGUGUUAAACGACAGGACAAUGUUCAACAGCGCCUUCCAUGCGAUGUAUGGACGUGUUUUCAUCGUUCUGUGUAACAGUCCGUCCACCUAGUCGGCCUUCGAUGCGAUGUAUGGACGUGUUUUCAUCGUUCUGUGUAACAGUCCGUCCACCUAGUUGGCCUUCGAUGCGAUGUAUGGACGUGUUUUCAUCGUUCAAUGUAACAGUCCGUCCACCUAGUCGGCCUUCGAUGCGAUGUAUGGACGUGUUUUCAUCGUUCUGUGUAACAGUCCGUCCACCUAGUCGGCCUUCGAUGCGAUGUAUGGACGUGUUUUCAUCGUUCUAUGUAACAGUCCGUCCACCUAGUCGGCCUUGCACUAGCCUGUUGUUAUGUCGCCAGUACGUUUGGACGCCGAGUCAAGUACAUAAUUAUGACAUAUAGGUCAUAGAACAGUCGUGCGCUGUAUGCUAUUAUAUAUAUUUUUACGUCGUCAAUUUGUAGAAAAAAAUUAUGUUUAUGAGCAAUAUAUCAAUGAGUAGCUAGUCCUAUCUCAUAGAAUAAUUACUGUAUCUCGGUGCUUUGUUUCCUUGUUUUUCUUUUUUUUCCGUUUAGUUUUAUCCUAAAUUGUGUUCCGUUAGUUUUUUUCCUAAAUUUGUUCCGUUUAUUUUUCUCUUAUUUAGGCCUACCUUUGUGGAACAAAGGAAUGGCAUCCUUCGAAAAUAAUCUGUAGAUGCCCAUAAAAUAUAUUUUAAAUCGAUUAAGUGGUUUUUGUAUGACUUUUCUUAAGAUUUGACGUACUGGUAUUAGUACUUUCCAAAAUAAUUUGAAAAACGCAACAAAAAAAAUGUUUGUUUAUUUUUUAAAUUUCCCCACGGAAAAUGUAAACAAAAAUGGCCUAUUGUGUUGCUUUUAAAAAUAUAAGUUUAUUGAAAAUAAUCACCGGAAAAUUUUUAUGACAUUGAUUCUUAAAAUAUGAAAUUUCUAAAACUUUUUUGGUUAAAAAUUUUGACAGUUUUUUUUUCUAUCCAUUUCAAGAAUAAUGAUUGAGGGGGGGGG